GUCUCAAUCUGCUGACUGAAACGACGUCGUAAUCGGGCCAAUGUACCUUUGGCUACACUUCUUCUUCUCAUUGAGCUCGCCGACCAGUACCAACCUCCAACCUCCAACCUCCAUAGAGAAAGAGAAGAAGAGAAAGUACGUUUGAAUUGUUCGGCCCGAUCGGGUGCUGCGCAAGGGGACACGUGGAAGAUAUCGGUCGGUGCAUAGGUGUGAGAAGUCAAAAGUCAAAGGCUUGACUGAGAGAGAUGGCAGAGGAGGAUUUGGUGGACAUAAAGUUCCGGUUGUACGACGGCACCGAUAUCGGGCCGUUCAGUUACUCAUCAGCCUCCACCGUCGAUAUGCUCAAGCAGAGGGUCGUCUCCGAUUGGCCCAGAGGCAAGACUAUGACACCGAAGACGGCGAAUGAAGUGAAACUGAUGAGUUUUGGCAAGAUUUUGGAGAACAACAAGACAGUGGGUCAGUGUAAAUUACCUUUGGCUGAUAUUGGUGGAGGAAUUAUCAUAAUGCUUGUUGUUGUACAGCAAGCUAUCGAAAAAGCUAAAACAGAAAAGAAGAUUGAUGAUCGGCCCCGGAAAGUUGUCUGUUCAUGUUCCAUAUUGUGAAAAAAACUGUUUAGAGGUUGGGAUCUCUUGACCUGGGUAUCAAUCCUUUGGCUACAGAAACCAUCUCGGGUCAUACAUUUGUUCAUUGACGUGUCCAUGUUGUGAUGUGUGUACAGAAAACCAUGUUGUUGGUGAUUUCAGUAGUUUCAAGGUUUGUGUUCUACCACACGGGUUGCUCGCUUUUCUUGUUUCCACUUUGGUUCUUGCCUUGUUCCUCUGCCUGUCUGUACGUAAGUUGCCUGAAUGAUUGUAGCAGUAAUGAAAAUCUGUAUAUACCUUGUUAAUGCAAAAGACAACAUUUAAACUACA